UACUUCCAAAAGGAUGAGCAUUAACCAUCUCAGAAUAUAUAGGUCGUAGCACAUUCGUCAUAUUGUGCAUGGAGUUCUCAUCUCCCUGUGCUCCCCAACGAGCGGCGGCGGCGGACCUGUCUCUGACGUUGGAGCCGGCGAGCGACGGCGCCGGGGACGUGGGCGGCAAGAACGUGCGGCUGUACCCCUGCCUUUUCUGCGACAAGACGUUCCUCAAGUCGCAGGCGCUCGGUGGCCACCAGAACGCUCACAAGAAGGAGCGAAGCGCCUGGAACCCCUACGUCUACGACAGCCACUACGCCGCGGCGCCCUUUUCGGUUGUCGGGAGUGCAAGCAGCGUCCCCGCCAUGUCCAUACCCACACUGUCCCACGGCGUCAGCGAAGUGUGCGCCGGUUCAGCCGAUAACCAGGACGCCGACGGUGCACCAAGCUUUCGAGCGCAAAUGCAGCGAAGGCGCGCCGCGCUUUUCACUCCGGUGAGCAUCUGUCAGGAGAUGAACGUGGCUGCUGAUAACAUGCUCAUCACCAGCUACGGCACCAUCGACAUGUUCAACUGGGCCAGGGCCUCCCGUGCCGCCGUUGCCUCCGCCUGCCCGCACAGCGCGGCCACCACGGCAACCUCAUCAGCUGGCGCCGCCGAGGAGCUCGACCUCGAGUUGAGACUCUAG